AUGCUAUGUGACGAAGGUCAAGUUGACGCUGCAGUUUCCAUGCUGAAAAACUCCCCCCGAGACGCGCAGAACGUUCCAGUGUGGAAUACAGUCAUAUGGGAGUGUUUGAAGCAGAAGCAAUUCCAGCUUUCAUAUCAACUUUAUACAGACAUGAAGCGUCGAGGGCACAGUCCAACUACACGGACUUACCAGACAAUGCUGGGCGGUCUUGCCCGCAUCGAAGAUUGGACAUCACAUACCAAACAGCUAAAAAAUGCCCAUUCCUUAUAUGAAAGCUUUCAGCGGCACGUAACAUCGCUUCACAAAGAGAGACCAGAUAGUCCCGACAUCACCAGUGUUCCCCUAGCCUCUUAUAUGCGAAUACUGGGUGCCGCUGGUCUCUAUCAGGAGAUGUUCGAUGUUUACUAUGACCUCGACCCGACAGGCCCAUUAACACCCGAUCAUCUCGUUUUUACAUCCAUGUUCCAAUCUUUAUCCCCGCUUCACGUUCCCUACGGAAAGAACGAAUCCUUAACUGUCCUUCAGAAUGCAUCCAGCGCCAAACUGUUAUGGUCCCAGAUGCUGAAAGCCUCCAAAAAGCACAAGUUCACAGUGGACGCUUACUUAGUCACGGCCGCCAUUACCGCACUAUCUCGCGGUCGUUCAUCUGACCAAGAAUUGGCCUUCGGAAUUGUUCGUGAAUACUUUGGACUGGCACCAUCUGAAGAUAAAUUGACGACCGCAGGUGCUCUGGCUCUCGAGCCACAGUCUUUUGCUGCGGUACUCAUGCUCUGCAGAAGCAGUGAAAAGACUUCCCUUUCCGUCGAUUUCUUUGAACAAGUUCUGAAGAGGCCUGACCGAAUAGGUGGCCCCUCCAUCAUCGAUCGUGGCCACAUUGAAGAGGUGAUGAAGGCACGCCAAGCUGCCAAACCUCUGCCAGACAAUGCACGAUUCGAAUAUGACCUCAUUGAAUGGCUCAUGCACCAGGAGGUCCGUAGCAUCAAGGCACGAGCUGCCCAAGUGCGACCUGCGACGUCAACUUAUAACCUUGCUCUGUCAACGGCACUCCGUACCGCCGAUUGGCACACGGCGACGAAAACAUUUGACCUAAUGACAGGCUUUCAUUGUCAUGAUUUUAUGGAUGGUGUGGAGUCGAACUCUCCUCGGCUUGACAAGGCGCGCCCCAGACUUCCGCCGACUGCCGAAAAUGUAUCCCUGAUGCUUCGAACCGCAUAUGCGACAGAAAAUCGCGCCAACGUGCGGCAAGCAUUGCGGAUGGUGGAUUUUUUUGGGAUCAAGCAGUUGGCUUCCAAUUCAUGGCAUGAAGACACUCAAGAACGUCCGAAGUCAAAAAGGGCCAUCAAAGAUCUCCAUUUUUACAGCCAGAAACUCGCUACCACUGUUGUUGAUUCUCUCAUGCACAUUUUCAAUCACAGCACUAAAGGUGAUCGAAUAGUUCCACAGGACAGAGAGCGAUGGCGCAGGCUCAAGGCAGAAGCCACGAGAUACUUGGAAGGAAAUGGGGAGCAGCCUGGGUUAUCGACCGCAACAAAGAACAUUGCGUACGAGAGAGAUUAA